GCACGCGCAGACGCAUAGCGUACCUCAUUCCCCGCUUCUCCUUCUCCUCGCAGGUCCUCACAGCUCAACGCUAACAUUUAGAAGCGAGCUGCUUGGCUUGGCCGCUCUGCCAGGCCUGUUCCUUUACUGGACAAUUAUUCUCCCUGCUUUUAUUGUGUACGAGGAUUACAGAAUAUCAGCAUCAAUCCCCGUUAGUGUGCAAUCAAUGUUAGUGCUCCCACCAUGGCAACAGAGGACAAGAAACCAGAGACUGACACUAAGCCUCCAGUCGUCCCAUCAGCUUCAGCCAGCCAAAGCAAGUCUGCACCUGCAAAGCCAAACUACAGCCUGAAAUUCACAUUAGCAGGACACACUAAGGCCGUGUCCUCCGUCAAGUUCAGCCCAAGCGGAGAAUGGCUGGCCAGCUCAUCUGCUGAUAAACUCAUAAAAAUUUGGGGAGCCUAUGAUGGCAAGUUUGAGAAAACUAUAUCUGGACACAAGCUGGGCAUUUCUGACGUUGCUUGGUCCUCUGACUCCAACCUCCUGGUUUCGGCCUCUGAUGACAAAACCCUGAAAAUCUGGGAUGUCAACUCGGGAAAGUGCUUAAAAACCCUGAAAGGCCACAGCAACUAUGUGUUCUGCUGCAACUUCAACCCCCAGUCCAACCUCAUCGUGUCUGGAUCGUUUGAUGAGAGUGUGAGGAUAUGGGACGUGAAGACUGGGAAGUGUUUGAAAACACUGCCGGCUCACUCUGACCCUGUGUCCGCAGUUCAUUUCAACAGAGACGGCUCUCUGAUUGUGUCCAGUAGCUACGACGGCCUCUGCCGAAUCUGGGACACAGCGUCGGGCCAGUGUUUAAAAACUCUCAUUGAUGAUGACAACCCGCCAGUGUCGUUUGUGAAGUUUUCUCCCAAUGGGAAAUACAUCCUGGCUGCCACUCUGGAUAACACACUGAAGCUGUGGGACUACAGCAAAGGAAAGUGCUUAAAGACAUACACGGGCCAUAAGAAUGAGAAAUACUGCAUUUUUGCUAAUUUCUCUGUGACUGGUGGGAAGUGGAUUGUGUCAGGCUCUGAGGACAACAUGGUUUACAUCUGGAACCUGCAGACAAAGGAGAUUGUGCAGAAACUCCAGGGCCACACAGAUGUCGUCAUUUCCACUGCCUGCCACCCAACAGAGAACAUCAUCGCUUCUGCCGCUUUAGAAAACGACAAAACCAUCAAGCUAUGGAAAAGCGACUGCUAAUUCCCUGGGGGCUUUUUCUGAAGUACUUUUGGGCUAUUCAACUUUCUAUAUACAUGUUUUUUUUUUUUUUUUUCUACAUCGUGUCACGAGACAAGAGGACCUUUUUUAACGGAGCUCUUAAUGGAUGCAGAGAACUGUACCUGAAAUUGAGUAAGGAGUAGCAACACCAACCACCAACACACCAGCUUUGCAGUGAAUAUCUUCCAAACAGCCAAUGUUGUGCGUCACGUUUAUUCAUCUCUUGGGGGAAAAAAAUAAAGUUAAUCCUGUUAAAGGAACACUGACAGCGACUUUCAGUAUUUUUGACUCUACAUUUGCCUCUGCUUCAUAACAGCUACUGUACAAUAAAUGUUAAACUGUAGUUACUGGGCCUUCGUACAAUUCCUGUUGUCCUUUUAAUUGGUCUGUGACUGUUAAGUACCAGUUAUUUGAAGAGGGGAUAUUUACAUUAAGCUUCAGUCUUAAUAAAA